AUAUAUAUGAACCCGGUAACAGAAAAUGGUUAGAGCAGUAUAAGUACGACAUCCCAGUUUUGCACAUGAACAAUCAGUUCCUAUUUCAGCAUUGGAUCAAAGAAGACAAAUUAGAAAACGUAUUAAAGAAAUAUCAAGAAACCGGGAUAAUUGAACAAUCGUGA